UUAUUUCCGGAUUAAUACAGACACGUGCAAGCAGCAUGGGAGUACUCUGUGGAGAUCGGAAAAUAGUCACACGACAGGAAAUGAAAAAAAGAGGCUAAAGCAUGUCAUGGUUGAAGUCAUUCGACAUAAUAACAUCGAAGAUGAAGGAAGGAUUCCAAACGAUAUGAAGAGAAGGAACGUCGCGGAUGUACAAAAGUCUCCAGAUCAUGCAGCCAAGGACAGGGUGCUGGGGGUACACGAUGAAAUACUCAAGUUAUUGAAGACUAUAGAUGUCAGUGUCAGAAAAUUAGAUCGACAGCAGAAUAAUUUGAAGACACAGAUAAAAAUUGUACAAAGAAACCAACAACAUACGAACAGAAGGAUUGGAAAGCUUGAAGAUCUGUUACAUAAAAAACCACCGUCUCUCCCAAAACGGCACCUCCCAAAGCCAACUUUACCCGGAUCAUCUGUGGACGAGUGUAUUCAUGCAGAAGUAUUACGAGAAAAUUUAAGAAGGCUAGUAGCAGACAUAGAUCUUUCAAAUGGAUUGAUUCUUGAUGCAAUGUUGGCGAAUGAAUGCUUGACUGAAUCUGAAUACUAUGAAAUAAAGGAUUUAAGCAAGCUGGACAAAACAAGAAAACUGGCUUCCAUUUUGGGACGAAAUAGCAAAAGCAAAUUUCAAUUGUUUCUGACUAUAAUUUCUAAAGAUGACUUCCAACCAGAUGUUGCAAAAUAUCUACAGACAUCAUAUGAGAAGAAGCUGAAUGAAAACGAGACACACUCUGAAUGUGUCCAGUGUUUCAUUAUUAAAAACGUGGAAAUCAAGCGGAUUGUAGACUAUCUCUGUGAAUAUCAGUUUAUUGGACUAAAUAUCAUUGAAGAUGUGCUCAAGGGAGACAGACCAAAUACAGAUAAUUUUUGGCAACACAUUUUCAAGACAAUUUCCAAUUCCGUAAAUGGGGAGCAUUAUGUUUCAACAUUCAAGGAAGCUCUUCAAGAUCAUUAUCCCCACAUUGCAAAGAAAAUUCACAGCCAACGUAAUCUAGUAUGUACGUGUUAUGAUGCUCUGCUUUCCUACCCCAGUGGCAGUAUCGGAGACUCCUCUGAAAUCAGCACAACAACACCCAUACCAGAUCCUAAAACCGAUACUUCUUUGUGGGUCCAUGGUCUACCCGAUGUUCAGGAAAACGAAGACGAAAGCCAAUUGAUACAUAGUAAUAAAAGUCUCACCCAGAUGGACGGUGCUAUACCCUUUUUUAAACCCAAAUCUUCGAUGUUUACAGAUGGACGUCCAACCGCUGACAUUGGCAAACUACAUCAAAGAAAGCCGUUUUAUGGUCGGGGAAAGAAACCAUAUUUCAGAUAUGGAGCAAAUACUUCCUUUCACGGAAAUUAUCGAAUGAAUAAAGCGAAAUAUAAAUGGUUCAAUGCAAAGAAUAAUUCUAAUAACAAACUAACCCACAACAGGCCUGGAAAUGUAAAGCGAAAGUAUGAUAUGCUACCACCUAGAUCGGCUCUUAAGUAUGUUCGAAAACCCACUGCGGAAUAUAACAAGGGAUCGACACAUUCAAAUCCGCAACAAUCGCCCACAUCACCAAAGGAGCAGACGAUAAGUAACCACAACGUAGCCAAUGGGAUCACGGAUACCUUGAGCAGGCCACGAAUGAAGCAUUAUGAAACAGAAAACCAAGACCCGAGAACGAGCAAUAAUGGAAGGGGGACACAUGGAAAUCCACAGCAUAUAAAAUCAUUAGACGGUGAUUUUCCUUCAUUACCCUAUGAACGAUAUGCAGACGGUGAUCCUAAACAAUGAUAACGCGAGAUUAGAAACUGCUUAUUGCAGACUGAAGUUGUAAGAUGGGUAUGUGUACACCUAAAGGGUGAAGAUAACGAACAUUGAUGUACUGAAGGGAAUUAUUCCUCUAGGGAUGCUAUAUUUUUCUGUGAAUUUCUUCAUUCAAUCCAUAUGUGUACCUUUAAUGAACUAUUCAUGAUUACAAUUGUAAUUAAAAGAUUGAUAUAGUGUCCUAUCAA